AUGAAUUUAUUAACAAUUAAUUUUUUUGCUUUAUUCUUCGGAAGUAUCAUUUUGACAAUCAAUGGAUGUCGUCAUAAGUGUACAAAAUUUUUUAGAAAACGCUGUGUUUUGACAGUGGACAUUGAUCUGGAUAGAUUCUUUGGUAUGGCAUUUUCUUGUAUGUCUCCGAUGGUUUUUCAAGAAUUGUAUAGAAUGAAUAAACAACGCUAUCGUUUGAAUCCUCGAGAAAAUAAAAGAAUGUUACUACAAAUGAGCAAGUAUGCGAACAGUAAUUUACGUCCACAAAAUAUAAUGCAAAUUUGCACCAAAUGUGGAGGGAUGUGUGGAAUGAUGACACAAUUAGAAUUUGUUGGAGCAGUAAUGCAAGGAAAUAGUUUUCGACAAAAUAGUUUUCGCCGUGGAAGUAUGCUCACAGUUAGUCAGCGUCAAAGAAAUGUACAUGCCAAUGCAAUUCAUGAAAAUCAUAUUUAUGAAAGUAUUCGACGUGGUAGUGGUCGUGGAAGUUUUAUUAGUCGUGGUGGCAGUUUCCAACGUCCUGGUUCAAUGCAUCAUAGUGCUAGCGUAAGAGCGCGUCAAAGGGCAGUAUUUGCUAAUGCACGUCGAGAUAGUGUUGAUUAUUAA